AUGGCUUCUUCAGAGAAAAGAAGUCUACAGAGUACCGGCGUUGCGGACUCGUCUUCGACACCAACGGACCUGCCGCCCUCCUACGAACAUACAGUCCUUCCCAACUCCAAUCCCUGGACCGACAGUCCAUCAUCGCAGAGUCAACCUCCUCAACAGCCUGCAUCAGCAACAGCACCCCUCUCCAUCCCCUCACAAAACCCGCUCUCGGCUCUGUCCCGGUUAACGACGGUCUCGUUCGCGAAAUACCGGAUCCGCGACUCCAAACUGUCAGAGGACCAGACCGUCACCACGACCACCAACCCGGAGCUGACGUCUAGCUCACACUCGUCGUCGACCUCUCAAAAACAGCAAAAGACGCUCCUCAGGUUCAUUCGCGAGCAGGCGUGUCUGCCGCCGAAGCCGAUCAUGGUGAUCCGGGGCACCCACGUGCACGUCAACACGGUCGUGGAUUUCGAGUUGAAGCUCAACCUGACGAGUAUGUUGGAUUUGGACCGGGGAGGGACAGAGAGUGGCAGGGGUCGUCUAAAGGUCAAGCGGUACCAGCAUGGGUCGUCCAAUGGGUCGCCGAAGCAGAUGACCAGAGAGGAGAUGAAUAUGUCCCCCCUCGAGCUGUGGGCGAAGAAGUUUUGUGAAGAUAGGGCUGAGAAUCGAAGCUUCGCACUCCACCGCUCGACGCCGAACCUCCCGACCGCCCUGCUCGAGGGCCACGUGCGGACCCUCCUGGCCCUGAUGAAAUACCGGGGCAAACUGCACGUGGAAUUCCCGGUGCAGUACUCGGACGUGGUGAUCCAGCGCAAGUCGAGCAAUUGGUUUACGAACAUCCUUCGCCUCUACCCGACCAAGAAGUACGAGGUCGUCGACGUCGAGUGGCCCGUCGUCGGCACGGCCACGACCACCGACCACGAGCGCCAAACAGACACCGCCGACGAAACAGAAGCAACAACAUCAGCAGUAGCAGGACCGAAUGCCUCGUCGUCAUCACCGUCAUCACCAGUGACCACGACCGCGCCCACCGAACCGGCCUCCUCAGCCUCCUCCACCUCCACGAGCGGCGGCGGCGGCCCGGGAGAGGGAGAAGCCACCGCCAGCGACCGGACCGGCCUGCCCUCGCUGAUCGCGCAGGAAUGGUGGCGCGAGUGGCAGUUUGCGAUCCGCAACGCCGUCCUCUCCGGCCGGAGAGGCUGGGUCACGGUGGAGGACUGGGUCGAGGCCAAGAUGGGUAUGAGGGAGAAGGAGAGGGCGAAGGAGUGGGGUGGCGAUUACGAGUGA